AUGUCCAUACGGACCACGGCCAGGCCCCUCGGGGUGCCCGGCCGCGCCGUUCGGCAGUCGCGGACCUCUCGCGUCCUGGCCUCGGCCACCCCGGAGCCUGCCCCCACCCGCUACACCACCCGGCUGGAGCACAUGGACACCGUCCUGCUGCACCCCUGGCAUGACCUGGACCUAGCCGAGAGCGAGCUGAGCUCGUACUGCUCCACCCUGGGCCCCGACGCCGCCACGGAAAAGUGCUGGCAGGCCUACUCCUUCCUGGAGCGCAAGCGGGACCAGGCCAAGGCGGGGUGCGACCUGGAGCAGGCUCCAGGCUGCGCCGACCUGGAGCGCCUCAAUGACAUGACGCACCAGCUGCUGUGCACCGGCAGCAUGGACGAUUUGGUGGCCACCUUCUCCUCCCUAGCUCGCGUGGAAGAGCUGCGCGCGGCACGGGGCGCCACGCCGCAGCAGCUGCAGCAGGAGGCGGCCCAGGCGGCGGCGCCGGGGGAGGCCGGCGCCAGCAAGCAGCCCGACGCCGUGCAUGCGCUGUUCAGUAGACUGGACACAGAUGGGGACGGCAAGCUCUCGUUGGUCCAGCUGAGGCAGGGGAUGGCGCUUCUGGGGCAGGAGCUGGAUGGCGACACGGCCGCCCUGAUUGGCGAGGCCAUGGAUUGGCAGGGCGGGGAGGGUAUCGACGAGCAGCAGUUCCGCGACACGCUGGACGCCGAGCGCCUCAACUCGCACAGCCAGGUGGCCACCAUGUGGCGCCGCCACCACCCCUGCCGCCCCGCCUGGUGGAGCGAUGCGCCCGCGGGCAAGGGUAGCAUGCUGUCCUGA